CAAUCGAUGCCCCUCCGCCAUUGCCGCCGUACCUCCUUCGACCCUCUCGAAUCCCUCUGCUCCCGCCGUUGUUUUCUCCUCCUGCCGUUCGCAGCCUCGUGAGCGGCGUUUGGAUUGAGCCCUCGCGAUUCUUCCCCUCUGGAUGGACCUGUCGAAUUCUCCGUCGGCUCUCUCCCUGGGCCUCCUGUCCCCCGGAUCGAACCAGGUGUCCGAUGAUUCGGUCUCGCUCCAGCACCUCGACGGGAAGCAACCCGUCCCUCUUGAAUUGCUCGAGCCGCGGUCCCGGAAACCCGAGAGCAAUGCCGGCGCCGCCGCGGCGGGCGCGGAGGUCGGUGAGGACGAGGACGACGCGGACGUGGAAGAGUUCCGCAUUUUGGGCCACUGCAUCAAACGGAGGAGAGAGAGCGAGUCAACGUCUUCUUCCACCAGCUCCUCCAGAAGGGUUUCGAGCGCUUCGGAUAUGGAGGCGAGGAGGGCUGCGGUUAGGUCGUGGGGGAACGAGUCGAUGAGCGUGGCGGACCCCGAUCUUUUCGAGAUAAUGGGGAGGGAGAAGAACAGGCAAGCCAAGGGAAUCGAAUUGAUUGCCUCGGAGAAUUUCGUGUGUAAAGCGGUGAUGGAAGCGCUCGGUAGCCACUUAACGAAUAAGUACUCGGAAGGAUUGCCUGGUGAGCGGUACUAUGGUGGGAAUGAGUACAUCGAUGAGAUUGAAACUCUUUGUCAGGAGCGUGCAUUGGCAGCUUUUGAUUUGGAUUCUGAGAAAUGGGGAGUGAAUGUACAGCCAUACUCGUGCACUUCUGCAAAUUUCGCGGUUUACACGGGGCUUUUGCUCCCUGGGGAUCGGAUCAUGGGGUUGGAUACACCGUCGGGUGGUAAUACUAGCCACGGGUGCUAUAUGCCCGAUGGAAGGAAAGUUUCUGGGGCAUCCAUAUUUUUCGAGAGUUUGCCUUAUAAGGUCAACCCACAGACUGGGUACAUUGAUUUUGAUAAACUUGAGGAGAGGGCAAUUGAUUUUCACCCCAAGAUUCUUAUUUGCGGGGGAAGUUCGUAUCCUCGCGAAUGGGACUAUGGUAGGUUUAGGCAGGUUGCAGACAGGUGCGGUGCUGUAUUGAUGUGUGACAUGGCUCAAGUCAGUGGUCUUGUUGCAGCUAAGGAAUGUGCAAGUCCCUUCGACUACUGUGAUAUUGUUACCUCGACAACUCACAAAAGUCUUCGAGGUCCUAGAGGAGGUAUAAUUUUUUUCCGGAAGGGUGCAAAGCCAAGGAAAAGAGGAACCCCUUUAUCUCGAGGAAAUGAAAUUGAGUACUACAACUUUGAGGAGAAGAUAAACUUUGCUGUUUUCCCAUCCCUCCAGGGAGGUCCACACAAUAACCACAUUGCUGCUCUUGCAAUAGCUUUAAAGCAGGCAGCCACCCCAGUAUUUAAAGCUUAUAUGCAGCAGGUAAAGAAAAAUGCUCAGGCAUUAGCAUCUGCUUUACUAAGAAGAAAAUGCAGGCUUGUGACAGGAGGCACGGAUAACCAUUUAUUGCUUUGGGAUCUAAGGCCUCUUGGAUUAACCGGUGGGAACUAUGAGAAAGUCUGUGAGAUGUGUCACAUAACUCUCAAUAAGAUACCAAUCUUUGAUGAUAAUGGCACCAUUACCCCCGGUGGAGUGAGGAUUGGUACUCCUGCUAUGACAACAAGGGGUUGUCUGGAGAGUGAUUUUGAGAUAAUUGCUGAUUAUCUUCUCAAAGCUGCCCAAAUUGCCAGCACAAUCCAGAGGGGGCACGGCAAGCUGCAGAAGGCUUUUAUGAAGGGUCUUCAGAGCAAUAAGGAGAUUGUUGAGCUUCGAACUCGUGUAGAGGCCUUUGCAAGUCAGUUUGCCAUGCCAGGUUUUGACUUCUGAAUGGAUCUAUUGGUUUGAGGAUGCUAUCUUUCCGCAGCAUCAAGCCAUUCGUAAGGUGCAUCAAUUAUUUGAGAAUGUAGUUGUUUAUAUGUCAAAUUGGUGGCACAGACAUUAAUGGUACAAGAUGUUGCUUGUGUCAUUGCAGGGAAGAACAAAACAUCAAGGAGCUUUUUAUUUA